AAACCUAGAGUACCUUUUUCUCUUGUAUGUAAACAGAAGCUGGUUGAUUCUUCUCUGAUUACAAGCUUCAGUUGGCAGCUGUUGUACUUUCUUCCGGUAAACCUCUCUUAUUCUCCGAUUCGUUGUUCCUGUUUCUCGUUUUAGUUGCCGUUUAUUUUGUCUUCAAAAACCGAUAACCCCUCCGUCGAGAUCGGCCACCACUGACGUUAUUUCCGGCUUCUAAUUUUUAUUCAUUUGAUAUUAUUUCGUGUACGAUACCACUUUUUAUAUAUAAAUAUAUCCGAUCUGCUUGAGGAAGGAAAGGAUCGGAUUAGUGCUUUUUUGUUUAGUUUAAUAUUGAUUAUUGGCUCAUAUAGGAAUAGCGUUAUAAGGCGUUGGAAUGACUGGGGGGUCUGCCUUUGAUGCCCUUGUUAGCGAUGAUGACGGCGAGGUCGUCGACCGUAAGGGAGUGAAUGAUGAAAAUGAUGAUGAUAUUCUUGGUAAAUCUUUGAAAGGUAAAAAGAAGAAAUCGAAAGGGGGAAAGAAGGGUGGGAAUCGGUUCGCAGCAGGUGCACUGGAUGAACUCGAUGACGAGUAUAGUGAGAAAGUUGAUGAGUUGAAAGCUGAGGAAAACGUUCCUUCAAUUUCUUUCUCGGAUAAGAAAAAGAAAUCAUCUAAAAAGAAAAAGGGAAACAUGUUUGGAGGGUCAGAUUUUGAUGCAAUAGCUGCUGAAGACGAUGAUGGGCAGGUGGUUGAUGAUUAUGACAAGGAGGAGAGUAAAGUCGAGGAUGAUGAAUAUGCUUUUACAGGGAAAAAGAAGUCCAAUGGUGGAAAGAAGGGUGGUGGAAGUAGGUUCACUGCCACCGCACUUGAUGAAUUUGAAAACGAAGGUGUGAAAGAAGAUGAGGAAGAAGAUGCUCCUUCAUUCUCUUUAUUUGAUAAGAAAAAGAAAAAAUCGAAGUCUUCUAAGAAGAGUGGUAAUUCCUUCAGUGCAGCAUUGCUUGAUGAAGAAGAUGAAGGAGAUGCAUCUGUACCCGAAUCCACUGGUGCUGCUGUUGAUGAUGACGAAGAUGAUUCUUCCAUGGUUGCAUUUUCAGGAAAGAAGUCAUCUAAGAAGAAUAACACUGCUUUAUUUGCGGCCUUGGGUGAUGAGCUUGAAGACGAAGAGGGUGUGAAAGAAGAUGAGGAAGAAGAUUCUCCUUCAUUUGGAUUUUCAGGUAAGAAGAAAUCAUCUAAGAAGAAAAACAUAGUUGCAUUUGCAGCCUUAGAAGGCGAGCUUGAAAAUGAAGAGGGUGUAAAAGAAGAUGAGGAAGAAUAUGUCCCUUCAUUGUCUUUAUCAGAUAAGAAAAAGAAAAAAUCAAAGGCUUCUAAGAAGAUUGGAAAUUCCUUCAGUGCAGCAUUGCUUGAUGAAGAGGAUGCCCCUGUACACGAAUCCACCACUGCUUCUGUUGAUGAUAACGAUGAUGAUUCUUCCAUGAUUGCAUUUUCUGGUAAGAAGAAGAAGUCAUCUAAGAAAAAAAGCAGUGCUGCAUAUGCAGCCUUGGGUGAUGAGGCAGAGCUGCAAAGUGAAGUUUCAAAUGUGGUGGAAACUGUACAGUUGAGUUUAGGAACCAGUAAUGUUGAAGCUGGUGAUUCUAAAACUAACAACAAGAGUGAAGACGCGGCUGAAACUUCAAAGAACAAGAAGAAGAAUAAGAAGAAGAAUAAGAGUGAAAGGACUGCUCAAGAGGAGGAAGAUUUGGAUAAAAUUCUCGCUGAACUUGAUGAGGGGCCUCCUACAGCAAAACCCACAGAGGCAGCCACUCCCCAAGAGGAGAAAGCUCAAGUACUGCAGGAGCCGAAUACUGCUGCUUAUGUCACAGGUGAGGAAGAACCUGUGGAAUCGGCUGCUGCAAAGAAAAGGAAAAAGAAGAAGGAAAAGGAAAAGGAGAAAAAGGCUGCUGCUGCUGCCACAGCUGAUGUUAAGGAAGAAAUUCAAGAGGAAAGAAAAAUGGAGACCUCUGAUACCAAAAAGAAAGAUGCUAAAUCUAAAGCUGCUGACAAGAAACUACCAAAGCAUGUUAGGGAGAUGCAGGAGGCACUUGCUAGGAGAAAAGAAGCUGAAGAGAGGAAAAAAAAGGAAGAAGAGGACAGAUUGAGGAAGGAAGAGGAAGAGAGACAUCGACAAGAAGAGCUUGAGCGACAAGCAGAGGAGGCUAAACGUAGGAAAAAGGAAAAAGAAAAGGAGAAGCUCUUAAAGAAGAAGCAAGAAGGUAAAUUAUUGACUGGCAAGCAAAAGGAAGAAGCUCGCCGCCUUGAGGCAAUGAGGAACCAGAUAUUGGCCAAUGCAGGAGGCUUGUCUUUGCCUAGUGCAGACAUAGAGGGUGCACCUACUAAACGACCUAUAUAUAAAACAAAAAAGUCUAAGCCAGCUCAUCAUGCUAAUGGUGCUGCUUCUGCUAAACCCGAGGAAAAUGUACAAUCAAAUGCAAAAUCAGUAGACGAGCCGCAAACUAAGGUCGAGGUGGAGUCUGUAGAUGAUAAGGGUGAUGAAGUAGAAUCAAAUAACGCAGAAGAGAGAUCUGUAGUUGCAGAUGCUGAAGGGAAUGGAAUGGAAGAAGAGGAUGAUGAUGAUGGUGAAUGGGAUGAAAAAAGUUGGGAUGAUGUCAAUCUUAAUAUCAAGGGUGCCUUUGAUGAUGAGGAGGCCGAUUCUAAGUCCAAGCCUGCAGUGCAGAAAGAUAUAAAGCGUGCCCUGCCAGCUUCUCACAGUACAGGUCCUCCCACAGUGGCCAAGCCAGUGGUCGAUUCUAAGAAACAGUCGGCUUCUGAAUCAAAUACAUCUCAUCCCGAGAUUAAUGCUCCAGAAAAGAACUUGAAAAAAAGUAAUGCUGUACAAAAUAAAGCAUCCAAGUCAGAUGCUCCUAAGCAGAGUGAAGAGCUCCGGUCCCCGAUUUGCUGCAUUAUGGGUCAUGUUGAUACUGGUAAAACAAAGCUGCUGGAUUGCAUCCGUGGCACUAAUGUCCAGGAAGGGGAGGCUGGUGGUAUUACACAACAGAUUGGCGCGACAUAUUUCCCUGCUAGUAACAUACGAGAGAGAACCAAGGAAUUGAAGGCUGAUGCCACAUUGAAGGUUCCAGGCUUAUUAAUAAUUGAUACCCCUGGUCAUGAAUCCUUUACAAAUCUUCGCUCAAGGGGAUCAGGUUUAUGUGAUAUUGCUAUUUUGGUUGUUGACAUUAUGCACGGUUUAGAGCCACAGACGAUUGAAUCACUCAAUCUUUUGAAAAUGAGGAAAACUGAAUUCAUUGUUGCAUUGAAUAAGGUGGACAGACUUUAUGACUGGAAAGUUCGUCGCAAUUCACCAAUUGGGAUGGCACUUAAGAAACAAUCUAAAGACGUUCUAUCUGAAUUCAAUAGGAGAGUUACCUUUUAUUUGAAGGUUAUAACUCAGUUCAAGGAGCAAGGGUUGAAUACUGAAUUGUACUAUAAAAAUAAGGAAAUGGGUGAAACGUUCAGCAUUGUGCCUACAAGUGCAGUCACUGGAGAAGGGAUUCCAGAUUUGUUGUUAUUACUUGUCCAAUGGACCCAGAAAACAAUGGUUGAGAAGCUUACAUUCAGUGAUGAAGUGGAGUGUACGGUUUUGGAGGUUAAGGUUGUUGAAGGCCUUGGGACAACUAUUGAUGUUGUUUUGGUUAAUGGUGUUCUUCAUGAAGGAGAUCAAAUUGUGGUUUGUGGCUUGCAGGGGCCUAUUGUCACCAAUAUAAGAGCCUUGUUGACACCUCAGCCUAUGAAGGAAAUCCGGGUGAAGGGAGUGUAUAUGCAGCACAAGGAGAUCAAAGCGGCACAGGGUAUCAAGAUUGCUGCACAGGGCCUUGAGCAUGCUAUUGCUGGCACUAGCAUCUAUGUUGUUGGUCCUGAUGAUGAUGUGGAAGAUAUCAAAGAAGCAGUCAAGGAUGAUAUGCAGUCGGUCAUGAGUAGGAUUGACAAAAGUGGGGAAGGGGUCUAUGUACAAGCAUCUACCCUUGGCUCUUUGGAAGCAUUGCUGGAAUUUCUGAAAACUCCAGAAGUAAAUAUUCCUGUUAGUGGUAUAGGCAUAGGCCCUGUACACAAAAAAGACAUAAUGAAGGCCAGUGUUAUGCUGGAAAGGAAGAAGGAGUAUGCUACCAUAUUGGCUUUUGAUGUCAAGGUGACCCCGGAGGCUAGAGAACUAGCAGAUGAACUUGGUGUGAGGAUCUUUUUGGCUGAUAUCAUUUACCACUUAUUUGACCAAUUCAAAGCUUAUAUUGAUGGUCUCAAAGAGGAGAGGAAAAGAGAAGCAGCGGAUGAAGCUGUCUUCCCUUGUGUUCUGAAGAUUUUACCUAACUGCAUUUUUAACAAGAAGGAUCCAAUUGUCUUGGGGGUUGAUAUCCUUGAAGGCAUUUUAAGGAUUGGCACUCCGAUUUGUAUUCCUCAAAGAGAAUUCAUUGACAUUGGUCGAAUAGCUUCAAUUGAAAAUAACCAUAAACCUGUUGAUUCUGCCAAGAAAGGCCAGAAGGUGGCCAUUAAGAUAGUUGGAUCUAAUCCCGAGGAGCAACAGAAAAUGUAUGGGAGGCACUUUGAGCUUGAAGAUGAGCUUGUUAGUCAUAUUUCUAGGAGAUCAAUCGAUAUUCUCAAAGCUAAUUAUAGGGAUGAUCUGACCCUUGAUGAGUGGAGGCUGGUUCAAAGACUGAAGAUCCUUUUCAAAAUUCCAUGAGCAUCAAGACCGGAGCUGUUGCAGGUAAGUUGUAAAGUUCGGAGGUUUUGAUUGGCUUGAGAGAA